UGUGAGAUCAUACGUGCAAAACAGGUUGAGCAGUGUCUGCGGGCGUUGCCCCAUGGAAUUUGUAGAUAAGGAUGGGUUAUACCUGCCAGUUCUCAGCACAGAGUCCAGUUACAUUCUGCUGCUUCCAGAGGGAAUAAGCCUGCAGAGGAACACAGUUAUUCUAAUUUUCUUGUGGCCCAGGUAUCACUACCAACACUGAGAUGGCAUGGUGGAAGGCUUGGAGCGAAGCAGAAGGCGUGUCUGUGACAGGUGCUUUAAACUUUGACCCCGUACCUGAUGCUCAAACCCUCUACAAGGCCAUGAAAGGGCUUGGGACUGAUGAACAAGCUAUAAUUGAUGUCCUAACUAAGAGGAACAACAUGCAGCGUCAACAGAUUGCCAAAUCCUUCAAAGGACAGUUUGGAAAGGAUCUGAUUGAAAGCCUGAAGUCUGAACUGAGCGGCGACUUCGAGAGGCUCAUUGUGGCUCUCAUGUACCCCCCGUUCAAGUAUGAUGCAAAGGAGCUCUAUGAUGCCAUGAAGGGUGUAGGAACAAGUGAAGGUGUUAUCAUAGAGAUCCUGGCAUCACGAACAAAGACGCAGAUCAGAGAGAUAAUCAAGGCAUACAAAGAAGAAUAUGGUUCUGACCUGGAAGAAGACAUAAAAUCAGAAACAAGUGGCUUUUUUGAACAGAUUCUAGUUUGCCUUCUUCAGGGUGAGAGGGACAAUGCUACUUUCUAUGUGGAUACCGCGUUGGCUCUCCAGGAUGCAGAGACUCUCUAUGCUGCUGGGGAGAAGAUACGGGGCACCGAUGAGAUACAGUUCAUCACCAUCCUGUGCACGAGGAGUGCCACGCACUUGAUGAAAGUGUUUGAAGAAUACCAGAAACUUGCUGGUAAAAGCAUAGAAGACACCAUCAAAAGCGAGACUAGUGGCUCACUAGAGGAUGCUAUGCUGGCUAUUGUGAAAUGCACGAGGAACAUCCAUUGCUACUUUGCAGAGAGGCUAUACCAUGCUUUAAAGGGGGCUGGCACCCGCGAUGGGACCCUUAUAAGGGUGAUUGUUUCUCGAAGUGAAGUUGACUUAAAUCUCAUCAAGGCUGAAUUCAAGCGGAUUGCAGGACAGUCUCUCUCCAGCAUGAUUGUGGAUGACACCAGCGGUGAUUACAAGACAGCCUUGCUAAAUCUCUGUGGCAGUGACUGACAAAGUCUAGGAGGAAGAUGCUGAAAUGGAUACAGAAAGCAAAUUAAGAGAAUAAGUGCCUGAAAAUGCACACACAGAAAAUCCUUCCGUUGAUUCAAGGAGGGUGAGGGGGUGGGAGAGAUCAAUUUAGUAAAGAUUUCCAAAGCUCCCUGGGAAACAUGGAUGCUUAGUACACAUUAAAAACUGGCUACUUCCAUAA